AUGUUCCCAUUGACGCUCGAGAGUCAAACUGAGGAUCCCAGCUGGCUUUAUUCUGGCGUCGCUGUCAACGCUGCCAUGUACAUGGGCCUUCAUCGAGCGAAGCCCGCGCCGUCUCUACGCAGCAUAGCUCCCAUAAAGAGCCUCACCGACCUCGCAGCCAUCGAAUAUAUGCUACGCACCUACCCGCUGCCCCCCGAAUUCGCCUACGAAGUAAUGGUGCACCACACGCUGGCCAAGUUCUUCAGCAUCAUCGUAGAAAACUCCGAGGAGAACGUCAGUCACUCGUUAAUCGGCAUCAUCGACGCCGAGCUCGACAGCCUGCGCACACGCUUCCCCACGCCGUGGACAACGCGCACCGAAAUGGCGUAUCUAACCGCAAAAAUCCUGCUGUACACGACCGUCAUCCUACGCCUGCAAUCCGACCGGUCCGCGCGCGAAAUCCUCAUGCGCAAAGCCCUCACCGUUGCCGUGCGCAUCGCAUACCUCACCAACCAAGGUCUAGCCUACCGCUCAACCGAGUUCCCCAACCUGCGCCCGCAGGAUCUAGGAAACACGCUGCCGAAAAAUUACUACCGCACACUCAUCCUCUCUACCGCGUUUCUGAUACGCUUCUUCGUGCUGAAUGUGAACGCGCAGCCGGAGGAGCAGGAACUCGCGCGGAACCAUGUGGCGCUUGCGCAGCGCUAUCUCACGCUCAGCGGCGAGGAUCCGCGAGAUGAGCGCGUUCGAGGCGCGAUUUUAUUCGACGUGCUGUGUAAGCAAGCGCCGAUUGAUCUGGAGACGGCGAAGCUCAAGGUGGACGAUCGCAUGGCUGCGUCGUUGUGGUAUGAUGCGAUAUCCACGGGGCAUGUACUGAGGAAUCGGCCGGUGGAGGUGGAGGAGGCGUCGCCGAGGGCUGCGGGCGAGGAUUCCACAGCGGGUCAGGAGAUCGGAGGGGAGACUGCGACGCAAGAUGCGUUGUCAUAUGAACCUGGGGUGAUGGACUUUGGGGCGAUGGACUUUUCGCUGCCGGAGGAUCUUUGGGGGGAUUCGAUUUGGGGCAUGUUUGAUCCAAUUGCGCCUUCCACGCAUCCGGGGACGGGAGAGGGUCAGUUCUAG